AUCGCCGCGUCGGGCAACUUCUCCAUAUUGAACCACCUCACGGUCGUCCCCGCGCUCGCCUGCCUGGACGACGGCGUCUUUCGGAGGACCGCGGCGCCGGCGAGGAGGAAGCGUUCCGCGCUCCGCUGGCUCGCGGAUCUGGCGGUUGUUGGGGUCGUGGGCUGGCUCUCGCGGCCCGUCGUCGCGAACCUCCUGCAGACGUCGGGCCGGGGCCAGGUCAUGAACGCGUCCUUCGACCCGUGGAGGCUGGUGAACACGUACGGCGCCUUCGGGUCCGUCGGCGAGCGGCGCUACGAGCCCAUCGUGUCCCUGUCCCCGGACGGCGGCGCGACCUGGACCGAACUGGAGUUCCCCUGCAAGCCCGGCGACGUGGCCCGGCGGCCCUGCUUCUCCGCGCCGUACCACCACCGCCUCGACUGGAACAUCUGGUUCAUCGGCUUCAAGCCCCACCAGCAGAUGCUCCGGGGCCGCGAGCGGUGGCUCUACGCGUUCCUCGCCAAGCUCCUCGACGGCGACGCGCUCGCGCGGUCGCUGCUCGCG